AUGAGCCACUUUGAGGAUGACGUAUACUUCCUGGCAUAUAAGGAUGGUAGUUUGGUCUACAACUUCCCUAAAGACCGGAAUGGCGAGAGCACGUGGCAAGAUAUCGAACGUAUGCUCAUUGACUCGCCCAUACUAGAUGUCGUUGAGAAUUCGGCGACCCCAAAAACUGCUCCGGGGGAUACAAUGGGAGUGAGUCCGGUGCGAUCCAUAGCAGAACCAGCCGUGGAAGAGCCCACCCCGUCUGAUCAGCCCGAAAUCAACCCAAGCUAUAGACGGAAUGACCUCGAGGAAGGGAGGGUGCUCUGCGAAGGACAGUUGUGGGGCAAUGACUUCAGUCUAUCUCUUCGUAUCUUGGAUCGUGAAGGGUCAUGA